CGAAGAGCCAAGUUGGCAUCACUUUUUCACAAUUUUCACUUGUAUCUUUUUUUGUAUUUUUUUACGUGUUUAACUGCAGAGUUAUUGUGUGGAAUUAGUGAGGAAAAAGUGUGGAACUAGUAAAUAAUAGAAAAAAGUGCCAUCAUAAGGCACACUUUAAAUCUUAAAAAAACUUUAAGAAGCAGCAUGGAUAUGGAAUCUUCAAAGAUAUUGCUGCACCGCAAUAACUCCCUUUCGGAUUACUCGGAAGUUCGGACACACGAACCGUUGAGUGACUUCGAAUCACCACUUCAUUCACGUAACGAGAAGAAAAUAAAUGAGAGUGAGUUGGGAAUACGCAGCGACGAUGAUGAUGAAUUCAUAUCGGCCGAUGUAAAAAUGAUUCUACGUAAACGUCGUGGUUGGGGCCAUGACGACUCUCUGAGUGCGAAUGAUUUGGAUUUGUUGGGGGAAGAUGAUGAUGUACUAGCCGAAGAGGAUGAUGCUGGCUGCCCAUUGCCGUCGACCCCAGAAGAUACGCAAUUAAUUGAGGCUGAGAUGACGGAAGUAUUGAAGGCUGGUGUUUUGUCCGAUGAAAUUGACUUGGGAGCUUUGGCACACAACGCAGCUGAGCAAGCCGAGGAAUUUGUCCGUAAAGUUUGGGAAGCCAGUUGGAAAGUAUGUCAUUACAAAAAUCUACCCAAGUGGCUUCAGGACAAUGAUUUCUUACAUCGUGGUCAUCGUCCUCCUUUACCUUCAUUUAGCGCAUGUUUUAAAUCCAUCUUUCGUUUGCACACCGAAACUGGCAAUAUUUGGACUCAUCUUUUGGGAUGUGUAGCAUUUAUUGGUGUAGCAUGUUAUUUUUUGUCUCGUCCAUCGGUCGAGAUACAAUUCCAGGAGAAACUAAUUUUUGGCGCAUUUUUUGUUGGAGCAAUUAUAUGCCUGGGAUUUUCAUUUGCUUUCCACACACUCAGCUGUCAUUCAGUAGAAAUUGGAAGACUGUUUUCUAAGUUAGAUUAUUGCGGUAUUGCUUUACUUAUUAUGGGCUCAUUUGUGCCCUGGCUCUACUAUGGAUUCUAUUGUCACUAUCAGCCAAAAGUAAUCUACCUGUCAGUCGUUUGUGUAUUGGGCUGUUUAUCGAUAAUUGUAUCGCUUUGGGAUAAAUUUUCGGAACCAGCAUUUCGGCCACUGAGAGCUGGAGUGUUCAUGUGCUUCGGCUUGUCAGGUGUGAUUCCAGCUAUACACUAUGGAGUGAUGGAGGGAUGGUUUAGUCAAAUUAGCCAAUCGAGUCUGGGAUGGCUAGUGUUAAUGGGCUUUCUUUACAUUUUGGGAGCAUUGCUGUAUGCCUUGCGAGUGCCGGAAAGAUGGUUCCCCGGUAAAUUUGAUUUGUGGUUUCAAUCCCAUCAAUUAUUCCAUAUUUUGGUUAUAGCUGCUGCUUUUGUACAUUAUCAUGGCAUUUCCGAAAUGGCAAUGUAUCGCGUUACCGUGGGAGAAUGCACCGUUCCCCAUGAGCCAAUCACCUUUUAAGAAUUAGGGCAAUUGCCUCCAUCAUCAUCAGCGUUACUGCAAAUGCAUAAACAAUGAAAGACAGAAAAAACCAAAUAGCAUCACAAAGUUUCCCGAACAUACAAAAUAAUGUCCAGAGCCUAUUCAUCUCUCAAUCGCGCUCUAUUGCUAUGCCAUGAACUCUCAAAUAAUGUUCAAACAUUGAGCAUCCAGUAACAUUAUCUUAUCUAAUCCAUACAAGAGAGGAAAAUGAAAUGAGAAAGUUUUCAGUAAAAGUAAAAAAGUUAAAAUCUUCAUCAUAGUCAGUUUUCCUAAAAUUCCAUCUUUUGUAAUGAGAAGUAUAGAAACGAUAUACAUAUCUAUGUAUGUCGUACAUCAUUCCCAAAACCUACAUACAUGUUGGCUUGAAUACACACAAACAUUUGUUGUGAAACAUAAAAUAUUAUUUUUAAGUUUACGCGAAGCAAAAUUACAAAAUAUAGUAUUUUUCGUAAAUCGAAUUGUUAAAAUAAAUUCAAAAUUAAAUUAUCAAAACAAAAUCUCUCCUGACUAUUUUUUGACCGAUUUCUUGUUACAAUAAUUGAAGAAUAAUGAAGGAAUGAACGAAUGAUUAACUUUUUAUCGCGCUCUCUUGAAUUCCUCACAAAAAUACAAGGCGAACAAAAUAUUGUUUAAUUUAAUUAAUAUAAUUGUAGUGAAAUAUCCGAAAUAAAUACAACAGAGAUAACAUGAAA